AUGAGCAGCCAUCUGGAGGAGAGGCUGAGGGAAGCUGCUGCUCUAGGCGACCUCGAGGAGGUGCAGACGCUGCUCCGCCAGGGGGUGGAGGUGAAUGCCCAGAAUGAAAUCAAUGGCUGGACUUGUUUACAUUGGGCUUGCAAACGGAACCACACUCAAGUGGCUGCUUACCUGCUGGAUUCUGGAGCGGAUAAAGAGAUUUUGACAAUUAAUGGAGAGCUAGCAGCACAUUUAACUUCAAAGAAAGAAAUCAGAAAUAUCCUGGGAGUGGAAGAGUGUGACAAUCAAGAAGUGAAUGACUUAAAGCUGCCAAUUGUUGCAAACUAUUUGACCAACCCACCAUUCCCUUACAAUUACAGUCAAGAAAGGGACAGUGUCCUUGAUACCUCAGCACCACCUGAGUGCACUAACACAGCCUUAUGUGAGGGUGAGCCUAGUCCUUGUUUAUCAGCAACUCAAGAUGAAAAUGUUUGCACACCCACCUCCCACAAAGAAGCAGAAUUUCACCAUGAAGGGGAGCUCACUUCUCCCAUCAGCACAGGAGCAUCAGAACGCACACGGCCUGGAGUCCAGAGCCGCCCUGUUUAUCCUUUACCUACAUAUCACAACAGAGCUCUUUUUACCUCAGCUGUAUCUAGACAACAUGUACCUCAGCAAACAAAUGGCUCCUGCAUGGGCACUGCUCUGCCAUUACAGCCACUGCUUCUCACAGGAAGUUUCCCAUAUAACAUGCAAGAAUUGGUGCUUAAAGUAAGAGUUCAGAAUCCUAAAGAGCACGACUUCAUUGAAAUUGAACUGGACAAAAAAGAGCUGACUUACCAGGAUCUGCUCAGAGUGAGUUGCUGCGAAUUGGGUGUUAAUCCUGAACAAGUGGAGAAAAUUAGAAAGCUACCCAAUACACUGAUGAGAAAGGAUAAAGAUGUUGCCAGGCUUCACAAUUUUCAAGAGCUGGAGCUAGUUUUAGCGAGAAGCAUCAAUUCUCCUUUCAGAAAUGCUGCCGCAACAACACUGAUGGAAAGACCCUGCUACAACACUAAAGCAGCAAAGCUGACAUACUGAGUUUUAAUAUUUACUGCAAUGGAUUAAGUCAUAUAAAACCUUAAAUUCUUGUUAAGGUUAAUAGUCUAUCCUUACUAGUGAAUAUUUUUAUAUAUUGAUACUUUCGAUUUAGAUACAGCAUUUCUCUUAAUAUUUAUACUAAUAAUAAUUGCUGAGUGGAGCUAGCACUAAGCACCUGUACAGCUCAAGCACCUUAGAAGUCUUAUGUGUAGUCUAUCAAAUGAACAAGCAGACGGUAAAAAUGGAUUUGGGGUGGGGAGUAUUCACAACUAUUUCCCCAAUAGGUACUUGUUCCCUCAGUGAAUUGGAUUUUGGCACCUAAUAAAUUGUCAAACAAUGUGAUUUUAUUGAAACAGCAACUCGAUUCACAUGAUUCGACAUGGCUAGGUGCCACUGUCAUUUUGAAUGUGCAGCCUCCAACUGGAGGUUGUUCUGUGAUGUGCGAAUCCAGAUGCUAUGGGUUAAUUGUGAGUUAAUCAACCUACAAUUUGGCUAACUUUGGGUUGUUGAAUUCAUUAUUAACCCACAGUGCACAGGUUCACAUAUCAUGAGGCAACCUCUGGUCGGGCCAAACAGGACCUAUACAGUUGAGAGAUCAGGAUAACAUUACCAUAGAAAUAUUUGUAUUAUAGUUGC